AGUUAACCCUAAAUUGUUUGAUAACUUGAUGGUUACAAGAUUAGGAAGAAAAUAUUAUCAUGAUAACAGUUGACGUAGGCCUAUUCAGCUAAUGGGUUUCACGUGUACAUUAAUAGUUAUAUUUAUCUAUUCAUAGUGAUGAAUAUUGAACGUUUUUAAAACGUAUAGAUGUUUAUGGACCGAAGAACAUGUCAGGUCAGGUAAAGUGCACCACAAAAAUGCUGUUUCUUGUGUUUGCAGAUUAAAUGAAUAUGUUUGCAAGUCAGAUAAGUUCAUCAUAUGGAAAGGGUUUGGCAAUGAAUUCCUUGCAGUAGACUCCCAGCCUUGAGGUUUCAUUAUUUUUGUCAGUUAAUAGAGCCCAGUAAUUGCCUUAGACUUUUGUGUAUUAGUCAGAAUACUUAGUGAACUUAAUUUACACACCCCCCUCCCUGUUUCUGUGUGUACAUCCCCAGAUAGCAAGCGACUCCGGGCCGGAUUCUGGCCCGAAGUCAGCACUGCCAGGCCGGACUCGGCGCAAUUCCGGCCCGGAGUCGCUGGCUAUCUGGGUCUCAGGAAUGCGUAGGUACAUAAAUAUAUCAAGUGCCACGGUACACAGUGUCACAGCUGUGAAUUUGUGUGUGUUUGUGUGUGUUUGUGUGUGUGUGUGUGUGUGUGUGUGUGUGUGUGUGUGUGUGUGUGGUUUCUCCACAGGCUGGGUUGGUGUAAUCUCACAGAGGGCUGCUGUGAUGUUCUGGCCUCAGUCCUGCGUUCUCCUGACUCAGAGCUGAGAGAUCUGGAGCUCAGAGACAAUGAGCUGCAGGAUUCAGGAGUGAGAGCGCUCUCUGCUGGACUGGAGGACCCACAUUGUAAUCUGCAGAGACUGGGGCUGUCAGGCUGUAGAGUCACACAGAGAGGCUGUGAUUCUCUGGCUUCAGCUCUGUGUUCAAACCCCUCACACCUGAGAGAGCUGGACCUGAGAUACAAUCAUCCAGGAGACUCAGGAGUAAAAGCGCUGUCUGCUGCUAAACUGGACACACUCACACUGCUGAUCCAGCAGUCACUGGAGUACAGCUCUUUUGAUGAGAAGAGUUCAGAUAAAUUAUCUUCCGCAAUGAAGUCUCUCCUGCUCACUCUGAUGAAGCUGAAGAAGGAUGUGAAGUUGAAACUGUUUCAGAGCCAUCUGAGUCAGGAUUGCCCGGAAUGCUGUCUUGACGAUCAGUUUAUGAAGUUUAUUAAUGAAUUGUUCGACAGUCGUGAAGUUGAUGAUUACCCUGAAUGCAUUGAGAGAGAGCAGGAGGAUCCUGCGGCUGUGUGCAUAGUUGAGAAGUUGCUGGAGACCUGUGGCAGUGAGGGGUUUCUGAAGAUCACACUCCACAUCCUGAGGAAGAUGAAGCAGAAGGAUCUGCCUGAGCACAAGUCCAUAAAAAGAGCCCAGCAGGCACUGAAAACUCAUCUGAAGAAGCAGUUUGAAUGCAUAUUUGAAGGUUUAGCAAAGCAGACAACCCUCCUCAAUGAGAUCUAUACAGAGCUCUACAUCACAGAGGGGGGAAGUGGGGAGGUCAAUAAUGAACACGAAGUCAGACAGAUUGAGACAGCAUCCAAGAGACAAACCACACAGGAGACUGCAAUCCUCUGCAAUGACAUCUUUAAGCCUUUACCUGGACAAGGGAAACCUAUCAGAACUGUGCUUACAAAGGGCAUUGCUGGCAUUGGGAAAACUGUCUCUGUGCAGAAGUUCAUUCUGGACUGGGCAGAAGGAAAAGCCAAUCAGGACAUUGAUUUCAUCUUCACUCUUCCUUUCCGAGAUCUGAAUCUGCAGGAGAAAAGAGAAUUCAGUCUGAUGCAGCUUCUGCAGCACUACUUUCCACAGCUGAAAGAGAUGAAAAGUGUUGACGGUGAUGUAGUCAAAGUUGUAUUUAUCUUUGAUGGACUGGAUGAGUGUCGACUUCCUCUAAAUUUCCAAAGUAAUAAGUACUGCUCCGAUAUAACAGAGUCAUCAUCAGUGGAUGUGCUGCUGACCAACCUCAUUAAGGGGAAUCUGCUUCCCUCUGCUCUCCUCUGGAUCACCUCCCGACCAGCAGCAGCCAAUCAGAUCCCUCCUGAGUGCGUCCACCAGGUGACAGAGGUACGAGGGUUCAAUGACCCGCAGAAAGAGGAGUACUUCAGGAAGAAAAUCAGAGAUGAGAACCAGGCCAGCAGAAUUAUCUCACACAUGAAGUCAUCCAGGAGCCUCUACAUCAUGUGUCACAUACCAGUCUUCUGCUGGAUUUCUGCUACUGUUCUGGAGACAAUGUUGGGUAAAACAGAGAGUGGAGAUCUGCCCAAAACUCUGACUGAAAUGUACACACACUUUCUGCUCAUUCAGACUAAGGUGAAGAAUCAGAAAUAUCAUGGCACUGAUGAGACAGACACAAAGAAGAUGUCAGCAUCAGAUACAGAAAUCAUCCUGAAACUGGGGCAGCUGGCUUUUCUACAGCUGGAAAAGGGCAAUCUGAUAUUCUAUGAAGAGGACCUGAGAGAGAGUGGCAUUGAUGUCAGUGAAGCUUCAGUGUACUCUGGGGUGUGCACAGAGAUCUUUAAAGAGGAGUGUGGGUUGGGUCAGGAGAAGGUCUACUGCUUUGUGCAUCUGAGCAUUCAGGAGUAUCUGGCUGCCCUGUUUGUAUUUCAAUCAUGUGUAAAUGAGAACAGAAAUGUACUCGGAGCAGAAGAAUCAAAACCUCACAGUGACAGAGUGCAGCUGUCUGAGUUACACAGGAGUGCAGUGGAUCAGGCCUUAGACAGUAAGAAUGGACACCUGGACCUUUUCCUCCGAUUCCUUCUCGGCCUCUCCCUGGACUCCAUUCAGACUUUGGUAGGAGGACUACUGACACAGACAGGAAGCAGAUCAGAGAGCAUUAAGAAAACAGUCCAGUACAUUAAGGACAGGAUCAGAGAGGAAUCUUCAGCAGAUAGGAUCAUCAAUCUGUUCCACUGUCUCAAUGAACUGAAUGACAACUCUCUAGUGCAGGAAAUCCAGAAUCUUCUUUGCAGACUGAACAACUGUAAACUCACACAGAAGUGCUGUAAUAUUGUGGCCUCAGCUCUCCAGUCAUCAAACUCACCCCUGAGAGAUCUGGACCUCAGCUACAAUAACCUGGGAGAUUCAGGAGUGGAGCUGCUCUGUGCUGGAUUGAGGAGUCCAAACUGUAAACUGCAGAGACUGGGGCUGGGUUGGUGUAAUCUCACAGAGGGCUGCUGUGAUGUUCUGGCCUCAGUCCUGCGUUCUCCUGACUCAAAGCUGAGAGAUCUGGAGCUCAGAGACAACAACCUGCAGGAUUCAGGAGUGAGAGCGCUCUCUGCUGGACUGGAGGACCCACACUGUAAUCUGCAGAGACUGGGACUGUCAGGCUGUAGAGUCACACGGAGAGGCUGUGAUUCUCUGGCUUCAGCUCUGUGUUCAAACCCCUCACACCUGACAGAGCUGGACCUGAGAUACAAUCACCCAGGAAACAAAGGAGUAAGAGUGCUGUCUGCUGCUAAACUGGACACACUCACACUGCUUGUGGACAAUGGAGGAGAGAACAGGACCAAACCAGGACCCAGGAAAUACGGCUGUCAGCUCACACUGGAUCCAAACACAGCGCACAGAGAGCUGUCUCUGUCUGAGGGGAACAGGAAGGUGACACACACAUGGGGGAGAGAGGAGCAGCCAUAUCCUGAUCAUCCAGAGAGAUUUGAGCAUGUGCGCCAGGUUGUGUGCAGAGAGAGUGUGUGUGAGCGCUGUUACUGGGAGGCUGAGUUCAGUGGGCCUGAGGCGAGGGGGAGACGGGUUUCUAUAGCAGUGACAGAUAAAGGAAUCAGCAGGAAAGGAGAGGGUUCUGACUGUGUGUUUGGACUGAAUAAAAACUCCUGGAGUCUGGAGUGCAGAUUAAUUUACUUUGGUGAAAUCUAUGAAAUCUCUGUCUUUCACAAUGAGAAGCAAACACACCUACCUGACCCCCCCUCCCCCUACCGCAGGGCAGGAGUGUGUGAUGAUGGUGAUGGUGCUGGUAGAGGAGCGUGUGUGUACAGGGUAGGAGUGUGUGUGGACCGUCCAGCCGGCACUCUGUCCUUCUACAGCGUCUCUGACUCUGACACACUGACCCUCCUGCACAGAUUCCACACACACUUCACUCAACACACACCCCUCUGUGCUGGAUUUAGAGUGUGGGACUCCUCAGUGUCCCUCUGUUAACUGGAGUAGAGACACACACACACAUGUGCGCGCACACACAAACAUGCACUCACACACGCAUGCACACACACACACGUGCGCGCACACACAAACAUGCACGUGCACACACAAACAUGCACACACACACACGUGCGCAUACACACUCGCACGCAUGCACGCGCACACACACACACACACACACACACACACACUCAAUCACACACUCACACACACACUCAGAUACACAUAGACACACACACCCACACCUACACAAACACAUCCACACACACAUACUCUCACACACACCCUUUCUCGCUCACACUCACACUCAUACACACACACUCAAAUACACACACUGAUGUACACUCAUGCACACGCACUCACACACCUACGCACGCACACACUCGUGCACACACACUCACACUUACACACACAUACACACUCUCUCACACCCAAUCACUCACACACCUAAUCACACACAUGCACACACACCUACACACAUGAACACACACAAUCUCUCGCACACAAAAACACACAUUCACCAGUUCACUCUCACGCGCACACACACAUGCCUGCAUACGUACACACGCUCAAAACCGUAUGCACACACACACACUCUCUCUCUCUCUCAUACUCAGUCACUCACAUGAACACACUCUCACAUCCACACACAUUCACACAAACGCACGCAUACACACACAAACUCAUGCACUCAUGCGCACACACACACAUGCGUGCAGAGACACAGACACGUGUCAACACACACACUCCUCAGUGUCCCUCUGCUAACUGGAGUAGACACACACACAUGCACGCACACACAAACAUGCACACACACACACACGCACACACAUACACACAUGUGCGCAUACACACUUGAUUGCAUGCACACACACACACAUAUAUAUAUACACACACUCAUAUACACAUACACACACACACUCAAUCACACACUCACACACAUAUAUAAGCACAAACACUCAUAUACACCUAGACCCUCACACACCCACACCUACACACACACACACACUCACACUCACAUACACACACACUCAUAUACACACA